UUGAAAAGCUUCCCCUUGCACCCAUCCGCGCCUACUCCUCUUUCUUCCUGCUGCGCCCCCGCACUCUUCGAUUGGCGUUUCUCGCUAUCGUUCGUCGUAAAGAGCUCUUCCGUCGUCUCAGCAACCAUUUCGUCGAACACAUCUCGUUGAACUUCUAAGUUGAGUUCGUGCCAGUUUCUUCUUCCCUAUCCAUAUGAUGACUGUGAGAUCGAUCAGAAUGACCUGCUUGUUCUCCGCCCCCAUAUCCUACAAAUUUGAUCUUUUCUUCGAUCCUAACCCUAGUUACGGUCUGCAUACCAAGGAUUCCCCGAUCGAUCCCUCCCUCUCCACCAAUCUGCUCGCCCACCAGCUGCUCGAUCUAUUCUCCAAGCCACCCAAACACCGGGACGCCGAGGAGCUCCAACGUCUCGGCCGCAGCCUCGUCCCGGCGACCGCAGAGGCCGUCAUCAAGGGCCUCAGGAGUUGGAGGACCGCGCACGAGUUUUUCCGGUGGGCGUCGUGGCAGCACGGGUUCCGCCACACCUGCUACACCUACAACGCCAUGGCCUACGUCUUCUCCCGUGCCCGUCGAGCGGCUCAGCUAAAAGGCCUGGCGGCGGAGGUGCUUAAAGAGCGGUGCCCGAUGACCCCUGGCGGUUUGGGGUUUCUAAUUCGGUGCCUUGGUGAUCAGGGUUUGGUCGAGGACGCCAUUCUUGUUUUCGACCGUGCUGUCGAUCUUCACUGCAUCCCUAACUCUUACACUUACAAUUGCUUGCUUGAGGUGUUGGCUAAAGCUGGUUUGGUGGAAGCAGCGGAAUCGAGGUUUAAAGAGAUGGUGAACAGCCGGGGUUUGGAGCCUGACAAGUAUACACUUACCUCGAUGUUGCAGUCGUACUGCAACGUGGGGAAGCUGGCAGAUGUCUGGGACAUCUUUGAGAGGAUAAAGUCGGAAGGCUGGGUUGAUGAACACGUUCUCACAGUCCUCAUUGUUACAUUUUGCAAGUGGGGAAAGGUCAACCAAGUAUGUGAAUUGGUUGAUCAUAUGGAAGGCCUGCGGAUGAUGCCGACCGAGAAGACCUUCAGCGUAUUGGUUCAUGGACUUGUGAGACAAGGGAGACUGGAUAAGGCGCUCGAGAUGUUUGAUAAGAUGAAGCGCCUGGGUUAUAGUGGGGAUCUUGCACUGUACAGUGUGAUAAUUGAGGGGCUUUUUGAGGGGAAAGAGUUUGGCAUGGCUCAUGACAUGUAUAUGGAGAUGAAGAAGAUUGGCAUCUCACCAGAUGUUCUAUUACUCAAAAAGAUGAUCAUGGCAUUUUGUAGAGAAAGGGACCUUUUCAGUGCAAGUCAGUUAUUGGAUGAAGGUGUAGGGUUAAAUUUGGGUAGUUUAAUCUCUCUUUAUAAUGUUGUUCUUGAUGGGCUCAUUGAACAUGGUGAGGUAUACAGAGCUUAUAAGCUACUCUGUGAAAUGAUGAAAUCUAAAGGUUUGCAAGUCCUAAAGUUGGAUAUCGAUGAUCAUGGCAGAUGUGAAAAUGAAACUGAUGUGGAGGAAUUCUUCAGAAUGAAGAAACCUGUUUGCCCAAAUGCUGAUUCUUUUAAUAUCGUGGUCUGUGGUUUAUGUGAAGCAAAGAAGCUGGAUGCAGCCUUAGUUCUUUUAAACAAUAUGAUAGGAGUCGGUUACAAGGGUAAACUUUUGAUGUAUAAUAAUCUUAUACAUGAGCUGUGUAAUGUGGAUAGAUUGGAGGAAAGCUAUGAACUUUUGAGAAAAAUGGAGGAGUAUGGGUUUAUGCCCACAGGAUUUACAUAUAACUCAAUUUUUUAUUGUACUUGUAGAAGAGGGGAUUUAUCAGCCGCACUUGAUUUACUUAAGGAGAUGCGAAAACACGGGCAUUUACCAUGGAUAAAACAUUGUACAUUGAUGGUGCAGCAACUUUGUGGAAAUGGAAAAGUAGCAGAAGCAGCAGCAUUUUUGGAUGAUAUGGUUGCACUAGGGUUUCUUCCUGAUAUGGUUGCUUAUUCUGCAGCUAUUGAUGGAUUGUGCAAAUCAGGAGAUGUUGACAAAGCACUAAAACUCUUCCGUGAUAUAUCAUCACGUUGGUAUCUUCCUGAUGUGGUUGCACAUAAUAUUCUUAUUAAUGGAUUUUGCAAAACUGGUAGAUUGCCUGAGGCUCUGGAGAUAUUUGAAGAGAUGUUAAAGAAGGAGCUUGUUCCUUCUCCUGUCACAUACAACCUUCUAGUUGAUGGUUGGUGCAAGGCGAAGAACAUUGACAAUGCACUUGCUUGCUUUAAGAAAAUGGUUGAUUCAGACAGGCCACCCACAGUAGUUACUUACACAAGCAUAAUAGAUGGCUUAUGUGAUGCAGGAAGAUCAGAUGAUGCACUUAUGGUGUACAAUGAAAUGAGAGAAAAGGGAUGUGCUCCAAAUCAGAUAACUUACACUGCUCUUAUACAUGGCCUUUGCAAGUGUGGUAGGGCAGAUGUUGCUCUGGUCUACUUCGACAAGAUGAAACAGAAGGAAUUUGAGCUUGAUACUUUUGUAUACUUGUUGCUGAUUAAUUCGUUAAUUAUGAAAGGGAAUUCGGUUAAGGCUCUUGAGCUUUUGAAGGGAGUCCUUCAGAGGGAUAGCUUUCAUUAUAAUUCUAAGAACUCUAUAUUGAUGAAGAAAGCAGUAGGCAAGUUGUUCGCGGAUGAAUCUACUUCAUCGGAUGUUAGAUUACUUAUCGAGAGUGGACAUAUAUCAUCCAUCCAAAGUCUCCACGACAUGGGGCAGAUGUAGAACAUAACAUUAGCAUCAACUUGGCAACAGAUUUCCAUGUAUGACAGGCAUAGGAUACUUUGAUUAAUAUGGCCCAGAGUCGAGACUAGCUCCCAGGACAUAUGCGCAAUGUCAACUGGAAUGUGUUCUUUCAGAUGGAAUAACCAAGGGUGUUCUGUCUGAAAACAGGUACAACAUGCUCACCAUCUCUGGUCCUAUAAGAAGGGUGUAUAAUGUCAUUAAUCUGCAUCCAAUGGU